AUGGUUGAUGGACUUGGUGAUCAAGAAUAUGACCUUCAUUGGCUGUUGGGAGCUCGAGAUGAUGGAGACUCUGACAUCGAACAACCCCUGCUACAUGCAGAGAGGCCACGACCAGUACGGAAACACACGUGCCACAAACGGUAUGGACGCCCCAGCGUGGAUCUGGUGUUCCCGACAGUGAUUGACACGGCGAGGGCUUUUGUCGAAAGCAACGGCUUUGAUGCACAUCGCCGUCGUCAUUUGACAACCGGCAACUGUGGCGUCAGCCUUCAGCAGAUAAGAGACCAUUUGUUUGCUUCCGUCCCUGGACUCAAAGAUCGUUUCCCUCAACUUGAAUGGAAUAUCGACAAGUUUCAUCUCUCGGAUGACGAAGACCCUUUCUUUGUCUUAGAUCUGAAGGAUGUGGAGAAGAAGCACCACCUAUGGAAGCAGGAGUUUCCAAAUGUGCAACCAUUCUAUGCUGUUAAAUGCAACUCCAACAGAAGAUUACUAGAAAUGUUAGCUAUACUUGGAGCUGGUUUUGAUUGUGCGAGCAAGGCGGAGUUACAGCAGGUGCUUGAUCUAGGCGUUCAGCCUAAUAGGAUCAUAUAUGCACACCCAUGCAAAGCCAAAUCACACCUCAUGUUCGCCAAGGAGAACGAUGUCCGACUCAUGACGUUCGACAACGAGGACGAGCUCGUCAAAAUAAAGGAAGUCUUUCAAAAUGCGAGGUUAGAUCGACAAAAGAUGUUACGUUAUCACAUUUAGGUGCACUUCUUUCAGGUUUUUUUUUUCAAACUUGCUUCUUAGUUUUCAUUUUGAAAAGGAAAAUUCCUUUUUGUUUGUUUCGAAUUACCACCAUUUAAUAUACCUGCCAUAUGCUGUUAUACUAACUACCACCAUGAUUACGGCCAUGACAAGGCAGAUUUGUAAAAUAAGGAGGACAAUAAACUGAUAAACAUUUA